AUAUUUUAGUAAUGUAAUUUGGUACAUAACGGCAGAUAAAUGUGACAAUUUUUUAUUUAAUAGACAUUUUAAGUUCAUACUAAAUAAAUUUUGUGUGUGUAGAAAAUACGGCAAUGAUGCAUAUAGUGACUUUUGUUUUAUGAAUAUUGUACAAUUGCUGAUAGUGAUUCUUUUAUCUCUUUCUAAAACUCUUCUAUUUCUUUCUAUUUUAUUAUUUGUAUUGUAGGGAUUGGGAUGUGAAUUUUAGAGUUUUGAAGUUUUGGUAUUUCAAACUUAUGUAUUGUAUUAUUUUAUACAAUAUAUGCUAAUGUUUAAAUUUUAUUAAUAAGGUAAUAAAGCAGUCUUGAGUUUACACUUUAGCUUUUCACAAGCAAAAAGCUUGAAUAAGUUACAUUCCGGUACUUGGUAAUAACCUCAUUAUGAGUGAAAAUAUAGACGAUACUAUAUUAAAUAUGGUCAAAAACCUUAAAUCCACUCGUGACAAAUCAAGAAGUAAUUAUGAAUUUGCCUCACUUAAACGCUCAAUCAGCUCAAACUCGAAUGAGAGCAGUUUGGAAGAAGCUACUCCAAUUAAAAAGAUGAAACAGGACGGUAAGUUUGAUUUUUCCUAUGUAGGUUCGCCAAGGGAAAUGAACAGAUUGAGAGUAGAUUUAUUAGAAGCCAGAAAUAUUAUUAAAAGCUUAGAAACCGAGUAUCCCACAUGCACACUGUAAGGCAGCAAAUGCAAUUAAUGUUUGAAGAAGAAAACAAAACUUUAAAACGCCAAUGUGAAUAUGAUAAAAAGACGAUUGAAGAACUGGAAAAUCAACUACAAACAGUACGAAAAAGAGAAAUUGAUUUAAAACAUGAACUUUCUGAGAGGAAUAAAAAGUAUGAUAUGUUGAAAGUCACAACAAGUGAAGAAGUUCAGAAACUUGAAAGUAGUCUACUGGAUAUAAAAGAAGAGUCAAGGCAAAUGGAAUCUGAAGAAAAUGGUAUUGUGCCAAGUUUGGAGAGAAAAAUUCGAGAACUAGAAACAAUGUUGGAGGCAGCAGAACAAGAUGCCGAAGCCCAUAAAAAGCUAGCAGAUGAAUUGGGACAAAGGAUAAGUAAAGAUAAUGCUGUUCAAAAAGACUUGGAACUGAAGGAGCAGGAAUUAUUGAGUGCCAAGCUAUAUAUUAAGGAGUUGGAAUAUGCUAAAGAGAGUUAUGGAGAAUUCCAAAAAUCUUCAAAAAGUCAAUCUGAAAAGUUAGCCAGGUAUAGAGAGCUGGAAAAACAAAAUGAGGAAUUAACUGAGGAGACUAAUAGACUCAAAGAACAAGUGAAAAAUAAAUUAAUACUCGAAGAAGAAGUUUAUGAUUUGAAAAACCGCCUUGUGAAAUUCAAGGAUUGUGAGAAAAAGUUGAUUGAGUUACAGAUACAAGAAACUCAAAAUGCUUUGUGUUUAAACGAAUGGAGGGCAGUGGCAAGAGGAAUAUGCGAGUCAACAGAAGCAGAUUCUGCUUUGCCACAUCUUUUAAGAGUGGUAGUGGAUAGGCUGCAACAGCAAGAACUGGUUUUGACAUCAGCGAAGGUCGAUCUGGAAUCCCAAUUAAAAUCAAUGACACAUGAAGCGAAAGUGGCCAAGUCGGAAGCAGAAAAAUGCCAAAAACUUCUAGCCGAAUUGAAACAGACCGGCGAUCAGAAGCAGAAAUUAAUUCACAGGAUGGAAAAGAAACUGAUGUUAGUGAGCCGUGAACGAGACAGUUAUAGACUACAGUUGGACUCAUACGAACGGGAUCUUACUAUGUAUAUAUCUGCAGGGCCAACUACUGGAGCUGGUAGUACGUCUAGUCAAUCGCAGAAAGAACGAAUUGAUAAUUUGGAGAAGAUUGUUGCUGAAUAUAGAGAUAUGGUAACCAAAUUGGAAGAGGAUCUGGAGGCUGCACAACCCAACCUACAUGCACAUGUUGUGCCUAUUCGAGCGGAGCAAAUGUCAAGGUUAAAAGACGAAGUUCAUGAACUCAAAUUGGAAAAUGAUAAAUUACGGGAGCGCAGGGAUCAACUAGAGAUACAGCUAGAAUCAUAUUUGGAAGGUGAGGAUACCACACGCGGUGGAAAAAUAAUCCACCUAACUAAUAAUCCUCUUAGCGAAAGUCUAGCGCAGCGAGGAAAACAAGUGGAAAAAUUACAACAAGAAAUUGAAAAAUUGAAGAGGAAGAUUAAAAAUAUGGAAGAAGGAAUUGAGUACAGUAAACUGGGCGACAUCACCCUUACAGGAAAAGAGAUUACACAAUUGAAGGAACAGUUGCAAUCCCAAGAGAACCAGAACCAAUUGUUGAAAGAUUAUUUUAAAUCCCAAAUGCAGGAAUUCAGAAAUGUGAUAUAUAUGUUGCUAGGUUACAAGAUCGAUAGGACACAAAAUUCUUUGUAUAAAUUGAGAAGCAUGUAUGCUGAACAAGCAGAUGAUCUACUUUGUUUCCAAGUGAACAAAGAUGGCGAUUUGAAUCUGUUGGAGAAUGAAUUCAGUGCUACGCUCGAAAGCAUGAUUAAUUUGCACUUAAGGCAUCAAAAAUCAAUUCCUGUUUUUCUUAGUGCUAUUACAAUGGACCUGUUCCAAAACAAAACGAUGACAACUAAGAGUUAUGAGACGGAGUUGGGCGGAUAAUUAGGAUAAUAAUAAUUAGGACUAAUAAGGACAGAUUCUGUUUUGAACAAUUAAGAAAUAUAAGAAUCGAAUAGGUUCUUUACAUUGUCAAGUUUUUUGUAUCAAUAUACUGAUAAUAAUUAU